AUAUGUGCUGAGUGUCCUGGAGAGUCUCAUACUCUAAUAUUAUUAGUGUCCUCGUCCCGCGGGUGCUGGCCGACCUGGAAUAAAUGGGUCGUCUAUACUUGGAUGUGCUAUGCAUUCCAUAUCAACCUCGUCAUCAUAAAUGUUGUGCUGUUGGCGUUGCAUAAAUUCCGACGGGAGCAAAAUGUCGUUGUUCCUUCGAACAUCUCAAAUAACGUCGCGUCUGUCACAGUCACAACCACUUUACUGGUAUUCAGCACGGGGUAUGGCGUCCUUCUGGUUUGGUUAACCCAACGGCUCGCUCUUCGCCGCGACCUCUUGCAGUGCCAAACGCUGACAGCAACUCAUGACAAGUCUGGGGCGUGAAACGGUCUUGGGGCAGCUGUAAAUACCCUUCGGAAUCAAUGCGAGGUGUCAGCUGCCCCACGUGGUGUGUUCCUCGUCACAAUUUAUCUGGGA